AUGGUGUUCUCUUUAUGUCAUUUUGAACUUCACCAGAGUUACUGGAGCGACUUUGAUCUCAAAGGAAUCAAGAUCAAAGUCAAGUCACUCCAGAAAGGCACAUUCCAGGACGAUUCAGAUCAGAUCCCACGAUAUUUCUGGGCCAAGGGCUUCAGAAAUCGAGUAAGAAGAGUUCUGGGCCGCAAGCCAAGAAAGCAUUCUUUUCCCAUCCAUCCCGGCUAUUCCGAAGCAAGAGCUUUGGUCGGUGAUGGCACUGUUCCAGAACUAGCAGCCCUCUCUGACCAAGCCCGGGGCUUCGUCACUGAAAUCUUUGGGGACAUUGGGGAUCAGCCAGAAAAUUCGUCUCUGGACGAGAAACAAUCUUUAUCCUCCUUCGAGUCAGGACCUCGGGUAGUUCAGUUGAAGCUAGCCACCGACCUCCAGAACUGGAAAGAUAGUCAGCAUGCAGCCGGCAACAUUUUGCCACCCAAGGGGACGGGACUGAGUGCGGCUUCGGACGUUACCCUGAAGAAGCUGGGCGCCUCAGACUGGCCUGACGCACUGAAGACGAACAAUGCUUUGUUUGGCUGCGGUAUUGCCGCCCUGCUCAUGGGUGCUGCCGAUGCGCGAACCAUGUUCUCCAACUAUGUAACCGACAUGGCCUUUUACUAUGAGCACGGUUACAACUACGUCUUUCCGACGCUGGAACCGCUUCUGCAGAGAGGCCUGGAAGAUCCACAUGCGCUGCGCACUCCAGGAGGGCGCGAGCGUCGAGACGCCGUUUCGCUCGGCAAGCAAUACAUCCAAGGAAAGAUUGCUCUGGAGAAGCGCCAUAUCAAGAACUUGACGUAUCGCUCGGCACGAGUAGAUCGACGUACUGCACAGAUUAUCUCUCUGUCAGAGAGCAGCUUGCUAGGCAUGGCAGCCGAGUCGAUAGCACGAGGCUUCGACCCAGGUGCCGUUAUGGCUGACCUCGUUUUCAGCUCGCCAGGCACUGACGUCGUCGACGUUGGCUGCGACCUGGUCAAUUCCGAGGUCAUGAACUCCUUCCUGAAUGUGACUGACAUCACAGAGACGGGCGUCGUAAGCGAAGAAGUGCUGCGCAAGAUAUACGACGCCUACGCUGCAACAAGCGCCAGAAUGUUGACUCAGAGAUGGCAUGAGCCAGUCGCCAGAAUGUGUGCUGCUUUGUAUACAUGGCACAUUCAGAACGAUCGACACCUGUUCUUCCGCCGUGCGCUUCUGGGCUGGCCCAAAGCACGAAAGACUCCCGCUCAGCCUCAGUUCGAGGCGGAUUUCGACGAAGUAUUUGACAAGCAGUACCGCACAACCGGCUUCAGAAGGCCUCUUGAUCCCAAAUACGCAUGCAACGGCGAAGAUACAUGCGAUCACGUCGACCAUUUCCUUCAUCGCAACCAGGACAAGCCAGUGCUGCGGGAGCUCUGGGGGUUCCUCGUCACGGGUCCAUUAGAGUAUGUCAGAGCAGGCCAGGUCGAUGAGCAGCGUGAAUACGAACUUGUUGAGGGCUCACGAUUGCGCAUGGCCGAGCUUUUCUCUCGCGGCCAGGUGCUCGAGAUGGUCUGGAUCAUCGCCCACGCGAACCACCACGCCUGGCAGGUCAACCACCUGUUUGAGGCCGCCAUGUUUGGCAGCAUCCUGGACGGAGGCAAAUUGGCUGGCAAGCUGGACAGGGCAGAAGAGGCAGAAGAGGCAGAAGAGAAGUAG